AUGAUCAGCUUAACUUUAAUCUUUGUGACGGCGGCUGGAGUUGCCAUGUCAGAAUUCAUUUGUCCACGUCCUUGUGAAUGUGACGGCGUGGCGGUCGUCGACUGUUCUAAUCGCGAGCUGACUCGUAUCUCGACCGACGGUUUCGACAUCGACACGAGGAGAAUCAUAUUGUCAAACAACAGAGUGGAAGCGCUUGAAGCUUCUGUAUUCCACAAGACGAAAGUGAGGGUGUUGCAGCAGGUGUUGCUCGACCACAACCGGAUAUCCCGUGUCGACCCGGAAUCGUUCUUCGCCCAGUCUGAACUGAUCGUGCUGGACCUGUCCCACAACGCGCUGACGGCGCUGUCCAUGUUCCCCUUCAGGCGGUGCUGGCGAUUGCAGCGGCUGAUACUCUCCCACAACCCCUUGCUCACAUUCGACGGUACAGCGCCACCUCCGGCGUUCAGAGAGCUCUACCUGGAUCACUGCGCACUAAGGCACGUCCUGAGCCCGAAGGCACCGGCCCGUGAUGUUUCAGGGGUGGCACGCCUGCGUCUGGAUGGCCUGAAGCGACUGCAGGUCGAAGGGAACCCACUGCGUUGCGACUGCAGCCAGCUGGGCACCUACCGGCAGCUGGAGCGCAUGCGGCUCGCUAGGGAUACCAACUGCGGGGAUUCCCCAGACCUCUUCUGGCAGGCCGUCCUCGAGAGGCUCGACUGCUCGCCCUGUCCUCAAAAUUGCACCUGUCCGACGCACAGUGUUGCCAACUGCAGCAGUGCCACUCUGCGAGUGGUCCCACAGGAAGGCUUCAACCACUCUGUCACCACCAUUGUGCUCUCCAACAACAGCAUAGAAAGAAUUGAUAACGGUGUAUUUGCAGCAGCGAAAGUCACAGCCACUGAGAAGAUUCUGCUGGACCACAACCGCCUGUGGCUGCUGGAUGUGGGUGCCUUUUCCAGCCUGGACCAUUUGCGAUAUCUGGAUCUGUCCCACAACGAACUGCGUGGGAUCUCCAACCGGAUGCUGGAGCAAGCGUCGCUGUCUAACCUGGAGUCGCUGUUGCUCUCGCACAACCUGCUGUCGCACGUGGCGGACGGCGCGUUCUCUGGGCUGUCGCGGCUGAGAUACCUCGACCUGUCCCACAACCUGCUCACUACCCUCUCCACAGAUGCCUUUGCUGGUACCGCCCUCGUGUCCAUCUCAGUGGCUUCCAAUGCUUUAUCCGACCUGUCGUGGAUGGUCAACAGCAGUGGCUCCUAUCGCGAGGUCAAUGUCAGCAACAACAAUUUGAAGACGUUGUCUGCUGCAGAGGUGGCAGCACUGUCCAGACUCAGCGCCCUCCAGCUGGUGGGGAACCCUCUCCGAUGCGACGUGACGCUUCUGCCCGCGCUCUACGCGCUGGAAUCCCGUGCUCUGGCUAGGGACACCAAGUGUCACACUCCACCAAGUCUGAGGGGCCGAUUUUGGCAAAACCUGGACAGACACACAGCACAGCCGCUUAUGCUUGGUGUAGGCUCCGUCCCCAACGAUAUUAAAACUUCAACCACGCCGCCUCCGCCACAGCUUCAACAGGCAGGGUGCACACCAUUAUAUCUGUUUUUUGUAAUUGUACCAAUUACGAUCGCACUAUCAGUGUUACUGACUCUCGCAGCUGCGCAUUUCAUCCUCAAAGAAUGGGAUGCUAAGCACAAAGGUGUUCAAGAAUAUACAGGUGAUCAGCGCCUGCAGGCAUUCUUUGCUGACAUGCUGGACACUGAAUGA